AUGGAAGUGGUUGGCGUCAUCGCGGCCAUUCCCGGCCUCAUCGAGAUCGUUCAAGCCCUGACCACGGCGGGUCAAGGGCUGGCCAAGAGAAAGGUUGCCACGAAAACAGCGGAAGAGUUGCAUCUGCAGCUGAAAGACAUCGAGGAAACCCUCAAGGACCUUCAAAAUAGAUGGCGACAAAAUCCCCUUGGCCAAUCUCAACUGCAGAGGCUCUCCCCUGCUUUGACUCAGUUACGGCUUGAGCUCUCCUCCAUCAAGGACAAACUUCAAUCUUCCAAGAUCACCAAGGACCCCGCCAGUUUCUUUCGAAAGGCAAUCUUCUUAACAACCAGCCUUGACAAGACCCUCAAGGAGUCGCUUACCCGCCUCACACAGGCUAAAACAUCUCUGACGUUGAUCCUUGCCCAUCAUCAUGACAGGCAGGCUGAAGAGCUACUGGAAAUCUCAUAUUCCGAUUUGAGGUUGAAACUGCGCACGCUUCUCAGACCAUCGAACGACAGCUUUAUACCCAGAAGGGUUGACCAAACCUGCGAAUGGGUCUGGUCACACACUGUAUUUACCCCGUGGGUUAGCAAAUCACCCUCGCCUUCAACAAACUACCUUGGCCGUAUUCUGUGCCUUUACGGUAUCAAAGGAUGCGGCAAAUCCGUUUUGGUCAAGUCCAUUGCCGAAAGGUUGGAGGACAGGGGAGAAAUUGCCUUGCACUUCUCCUUUUGGGCUGGCAGUGAAACCCAGCGGAAGCUACUGGAUCUCUUACGCACCAUUCUGUGGCAGCUUUUGAAUCACCUUCCAGACGUCAAGUUUCAGCAACUAUCAGCGCCAUUGGUUACAGAACCCAGUCUCAAUGAACGCAAUGUCCUGGGUGUUAUCCACAAAGCAUUAUGUCUCGUCGAUUCUGACACCUACUGCAUCAUUGACGGUAUCGAUGAGUCCACUGAUAACUGGAUCAGUCGAGGGGACAAGUGCUUGCAAGCCGUCUUCGCUCUUGUGGAACAACACCCGAAGAUUCAUCUACUCAUAUCUGGACGCGAACCCACUAUGCGCACGCUCCUGAGAGAAUCACCGCCAACCAUCCAAGUCACAGAAAGCCUGGUACAGCACGAUAUGCGAAGAUCCAUCUCAGUCGAGUUGCAGGAUGCCCUCACUAUACAGAAUGCGGAGAUUGUGGAGCUUGUUCGGACGACCCUCGAGGCCAAAUCACAAAUCAUGUUUCUCUGGGCCACCUUAGUAUUCAAGGAGCUGCGACGAUGCUACAGUAUUCGGGAGAUCAAGAAGACUCUGAGUCAAGUGCCUCAUGAUCUCGACCGCGAGUACCACCGACUAUUCCAACGGUUGAUGGGCCGAACCGGGGGCACCUUGGCAAAGCCCUCAAUCUCGAUGAAGCGUGCUCGCGGCAUUCUUUCUACCAUUCUGGCAUGCCCUGAGCCUCUCACGGCUGAGGAGCUUUGCUAUGCAUAUGCUUCACAGGAGAACACGAGCGGUAACAUCGAGGACGACUUGAUAGCUGUGGAGGGCAUCACUGAUUCCUGUGCAGACUUCUUGACCCGUCCGGCUGAAGAAUGGAGAGAUGAAGACUCAGACAUUGAUUACUUUCGAGUUGAUCCUGGGGAGGCUCAGCAAUCUAUGUGCACUGCUUGCCUUGGUUACAUGGAGACAUUGGACUGGGGGUAUCCGCUUACAGACAACGGAGCUCGAGACCUACCUUCCAAAUACCCUUUCUUCCUUCACUCGACAAAAUUCUUCCCUUAUCAUUUUGCAAAGGCUAUGGCUCUCGGGCGUGGAAGCUGGGCAAAUCCCUAUCUCGCUCAGUUCGCAGGGACAAGACAAGCAUGCCUCCUUUUCGAGUAUGCAGCUUCCACUGCUCAAAAUGGGCUACAGGAUGGCGAGAUGGGCGAGUUGCUGUACUGGCUCGAGUUGGUGGAUGCCGGCAUCAAUCUGCCAAUUUCACAAUUCAUUCACGCGUACGAAAUCGAGUUAGAGCACCGGAGGCACCAAUUCGGCCCUGCCAACAGCCGUUACCAGUCAUGGGAAGCGCUAUCCUUACUCUUUCCCGUAGAUCUUCCCCAGAAGAGAGAUAUCCAACCUUUGGCAGGCUUCAGCAAGCCUGAAAAGCUCGUGUCGAGAAUACGAGAAACGCCUUUCCGUGCCUUGCCCGACUACCUAGCCCAGCCACAGAAUCUCGGCAUCCCACAAGUCUCCCAGAAGGUCCAAGCCCUUUCCAACGUUUUGGGAGGCUUCAGGGAAACGGCUACAGACCUCAUGGCUCUUUCAAUGGAUUCGCUUCCAGCCCCUAUGAUCUUCUUCGGCAAGGCACUUGCAGCUUAUCGGAGCGAUUGGUCUAUGGCCCAGAGAUUAGCAACAAUUUCUAUAAGGAAAUCAAAGGGCAAAGGAGAUCUAUUUGAAGCUGCAUGUCUCCUGGACAUUGCAUUUGGGAUGAACCGUGAGGAUGCCAAGGACUGGGAUGACGUCGAGGACAUUCUGUGGCAAGCUCUCGGUAUACUCGAUCAGCUUCCCCCACAGCCGCAGAAUCAGUUCUAUAAGGUGCGAGCGCUUGUUGAACUAACGAUUUCAUUGAUAUAUCAGGGUAAGGAAGUUGCCAAGGAGACGGCAUGUCGUCUGAGGGAUCUCGUGGGCAAGGAGCGCAAGAAAACCAGCAACCGCAUGUGGGAGUACUUGCUCCGUAACACCGCGAUUGAAAUCAAGUCGAGGAUCCGUUGUCUAUACUUGGUUGCAGAAGAAUAUCUUGACAAGGGAAAUUACGCCGAGGCAGCGUCGUGGGCGGGCGAAGCUGUGGCUAUGGGCGAGGGGUCGAAACACACAAUGUGUCUGGAUCCACUACUGAUCCAACGGGAUGCUUUCGAUUUCUUGAAUGACACUCAAAAAUGCGUCGCUGUCAGUUUGAAGAUCCUGGACUUCCUGGGGCCUUCAGGUCGGGAUCAAGAGGAGCAAAAGUCCGACAGACGUAUUCAACGUGAGACUCAGCUCUGCAUUGCGACUUCUCUCGCUAUACAAGGAGACCUAGAGGAGGCCCGGUCCUGGUACUGCAAGGCAGCAGAUGGUGCUGGUUCAUUACCAACUGAUGAACAGCAUCCAUUGUACACGGAGGACAUCGACGACCUUCCCGACCUAGCAACCGACCUUGCUCUUGUCGGCGAACAAGCUCAGGCAACUUGGAUCUAUCGAACUGAACUACCAGAGCCUCCUACACUGCUUCUCGCUGCGGAAGCCGUGAUCUGGCCGUUGGGGGCGAAUGAAGACCCGACGGAUCUGGAUAUGGAAGGAGAAUGGUGGGAAAGCUGUGCAGAAGACUUGGAAAAUCAUGUUGUUCCGAAUUUCCGCCCAAGCUGGAUACUUCUUUGCCUCAAGAGCAUUGACACAUACCUCAGCCAAGAUGACGGUUGGGACGAAGCAGUUUGCUGUUAUCGAUACCUUGGACAGCACUAUUGCAAGGUUGGAGAUGUUACCGCGGUAGAGAUGGUACUGGGCGAUGCCACUUCUCGUUACUUUGCCAAUUUUUCUUUGUCUUUCCCAAGAGGGCUCAUACUAGCGAGCACGGUUCCCCUCUACCAACGAAGAUUCCCUCAGCGAAGAGUUCUCCUUCUUUGCGCCCACGAAGCCUGGAGGAACUCAACGGAUCCUGGCCCCCGGUUUGUAUUCUCAGGAGAGGUUUAUUUUGCCUGGAAGUUUACGGAGGACGCCAAAUUUCUGCGAGAGUCCUCUGCUGCCUCCGACUUGCAAGCAUCGUUCAUCCAGCAAGCCUACGAGCACUUGACGAAGGCCAGAGAUGCCAAAGAUCAACUCGGGGAAGGCGAUCCCGAUGAUCUAGACGAGGAUGCCACAGAAGAACAGAACAAGAGGCAGAAGACCAUUGUUUCUUUGGAAGAUCGUCUGAAGUUCCUUGGAAGCGAGCCUCUUCCCCUCAAAAUCACAGAUGGAAACAAGGAAGUUGCCAUUCUCUCCUUCAUCAUGAAGUAUCACUUUGAACUGGUUGGCGACGCACCGCCACCAAUUGUCAAGCACGGCUUCAGCUCAUCCGGGGACCCCUCGACACAGAUGCGUGUCAGAAAACGCAAUGGAGAGGUCAGCUUGUAA